AUGGUGAAUAUCCGCCGGCAGAAUCGCAGGAAAACAUUCCAGGAGCACGUGGAGUGGAUGGUGCAGCGGUUUAUGGUGCGUGGCACCCAUAGCCUGAUACAGAUAUUGCAGGACUGGCGCACGUACGGGUUAAAGAUCCAUUAUAAUACCACGGCGCCCGGGCACAUUACAUGGAACCAUGGCAACGAGCUUGGAUACAAGCAUAUCACAUUUACCAUGGGCGAUUUCCGCGGAUUUGUCCAUGGAUUGGUCGGGGCCACGCGCCAGAUAUUAUGCGACAUACUGUGCGUCACAGCGCGAGAAAACAUUCCCAGUAUUCCAUGGCAUGCGAUCUACAACGACCCCACGCAGGCCAUGCGCACGCAAUGGCCGGUGGGGCCCAUGUGGAUAAUCGGCCGGUUGCGGGCCGAGCCGGCCGUGCAGAAGGAGUUUACUAUCCAGCGCCAAGCCCGACGGCUGCACAUGCCGAAGGUGGCGCAGUAUCUGGAGCGCGUGGCGCGAUUUAAGGAGAAAUUAGCAGUGAUUGUUUAUAUAGUAUCCGGCCAGCCGGCUCGCGCACCCGAGUUAUUAAGUAUCCAACAUGUGAACGCCGUGGCGAAUCGACAGCGCAAUAUCUAUAUCGAGGACGGGAUGGUGGCGUUGGUGACGGCGUACCACAAGGGGUUUACGCAACAACUAAGCGCAUGGCAUGCGAAGGAGACGCAGGGCACCACGGCGCAGGGCAUGCACGCAACGCAGGGAACGCACGCAGUGCAGGACACCACCACAGCGCAGGGCACCACCACAGCGCAGGGCACCACGGCGCAGGGCAUGCACGCAACGCAGGGAACGCACGCAGUGCAGGGCACCACCACAGCGCAGGGCACGAACGCAACGCAGGGCACGCAGGGAAUACGCGGAGUACAGGGCACCACCACAGCGCAAAGCACCACCACAGCGCAAAGCACCACCACAGCGCAAAGCACCACCACAGCGCAAAGCACCACCACAGCGCAGGGCACCACAGCGCAGGGCACCACGGCGCAGGGCAUGCACGCAACGCAGGGAAUGCACGCAGUGCAGGGCACCACCACAGCGCAUGGCACGCACGCAACACAGGGCACGCACGCAACGCAGGGCACGCACGCAGCGCAGAUCUCCGAGGAUGCGUUUUUAUGGGGCCCCGACCCCGGUACCCGGCGCAAAUGGACCUCCGAGCGGUUCCGGGAGGUGUUAAAGCGCGAAACCAAGACCCGCUUAAAGCAGGCUAUUAAUAUCCAGUGGUAUCGGGAUAUCGCCAUUGGGAUUAGCCGAUGA